AGUUCUUAGGAAGUUGUCAUAUUGAUUUUCGUUCCUACAAUUGGACCAAUGAGAAUCUGAAUGCUUAAUCAUUUUGUUGACAUUUUGUUAGGCUUGCUACUACUUUGUACAUGUUAAAACCAUUACGUUGGUGUGUGUUAAUCACCAUAUUUUCCCAUUUGUGACACAAGGCUAAGAAUUCAUUAUUAUACCUUAUGGAGGCAGUUGAUAUUGCAGGAUCCAGUAACAUUGCAACAAAGAGUUUUACAUUGAAAGAAUUAACCAAUGCAACAAGAAACUUUGGAGAUGAUUGUUUUAUUGGAAAAGGUGGUGGCAGUGGGAGAGUAUACAAAGGGCAGCUUGAUGAACAGGUUGUUGCCAUCAAGCAGGUUGAGCCAAAUGACAACAAGAAGUUUCUUGUUGAAGGGAUCAUGUUAAGUCUAUUACACCAUCCUAAUAUUGUAGAUCUAAUUGGCUACUGUGCUGAUGGUGAUCAUCAUAGACUUCUGGUAUACAAAUACAUGCCACUAGGGUCAUUGAAAGACUAUCUUCAUGAUGUUUCACCUGGUAAGAAACAGCUUGAUUGGGAGACUAGAACGAAAAUUUCUCUUGAAGCAGCAAAGGGGUUGGAAUAUUUACAUGAUAAAUCACAGCCACCGGUAAUACAUCGUAAUAUCAACUGCUCAAACAUCUUGCUUGAUGAGGGAUAUCAAGCCAAGUUAUCUGGCUUUAGCUUGGCAAAAUUGGGGUCUAUCGGAGGCAAAACCCAUGUAUCCAUGAAACUCGAGGGCACGAUUGGGUAUAUUGCACCUGAGUAUGUCAGGACCGGGGAGUUGAGUUUAAAGUCGGAUAUUUACAGCUUUGGGGUUGUCCUUCUGGAGAUCUUUACUGGGAAGAGAGCGAUAGAAAAUUCAACUGAUGGAGAAGAGUGCAAUCUUGUUGAAUGGGCAAAUCCAUUGAUCAAAGAUGAGAAGUUCUCAGAAAUGGCAGAUCCAAUGCUUCAAGGACAUUAUCCAGCAAAAGGUUUGGAACAAGCUCUUAUAAUCGCACAAAUGUGUGUUCACGAGCAACCUACCAAUCGUCCUGCCAUAGCAGAGGUGGUCGCGUUUUUGACUCACAUUGCUUCUGGGAAGUAUGAUUCCGAAAGUCAGGAUGUUCAGAACUCGACCUGAUCAACUACUCCCAAUGCUCAUCCUGAACGUGUGGGCAACUGGCAAGUGCAUAUGAAAUAUAUGAAACCUCAAAGAUCUUUUAUAUGUUUUGGCUUUCAAUCUUAUGUAGUGAGGUAUGUGACUUAUGUUAGGUCCAUAAAAUACUUCCAGGCUUUUAGCAAAGCUUGUUAUUCUCAAUAGUCAUUAUGGAUGAAUCAUAACUAGCAUUAUGAAUGGCCAGUGUAUGGUGUGUUUGAUGUAGAGUCGUGCCUACAUACUUGAAGGAAAAAAUGUGUACUUUGAAACAAGAAAUGAUGAUGGAAUAUGAUCAUGUAUAUAGAAAAUCUUUGAUGGUUAA